GGAGAGGCCGGGGGGCGGCCCGCGGGCCCCGCCGCGGCCCCGGGAGCUCGGGGUGGCUCCUGGCGGCCCCCGAACACCACGCCUGAGGGAGAGACGGCCGGCCCCGCCGGCUGCGGGGCGCCCGGGGCAGGACUAGACAUGGCGGCGCUGCGUCUGCUCUACCGGGCUGCCCACGCAGGCUCACCAGCCCCUCUGGGCUACCUGCGUCUGCUCAGCACCAGCCCCCUGAGGGACACCUACAAGUACGUCAAUGUCCAGGAGCCGGCCAUGGACAUGCGUUCCAUCACGGACCGGGCUGCGCAGACCCUGCUGUGGACGGAGCUCAUCCGAGGCCUGGCCAUGACUCUGAGUUACCUUUUUCGGGAGCCGGCCACCAUCAACUACCCGUUUGAGAAGGGUCCCCUGAGCCCGCGCUUCCGGGGGGAGCACGCGCUGCGGCGCUACCCCUCAGGGGAGGAGAGGUGCAUCGCCUGCAAGCUCUGUGAGGCCGUGUGCCCUGCACAGGCCAUCACCAUCGAGGCCGAGCCCCGCGCCGACGGCAGCCGCCGCACCACCCGCUACGACAUCGACAUGACCAAGUGCAUCUACUGCGGCUUCUGCCAAGAGGCCUGUCCCGUGGAUGCCAUCGUGGAGGGCCCCAACUUCGAGUUCUCCACCGAGACGCACGAGGAGCUGCUGUACAACAAGGAGAAGCUGCUCAACAACGGCGACAAGUGGGAGGCCGAGAUCGCUGCCAACAUCCAGGCUGACUACCUGUACCGGUGACGCCCCCUGCCCGCCUCCUCCCCUCCCCUCCCCUCUCCCCAAAUAAACGGGCUCGGGGGUUGGAGCUUUCUGCCUCCCCCCACCUCACCCGCGCUGGAGGCGCCGGCCCCUUCCUCA